AUGAAAGCGCAAUAUAUUAAUGCAAUUCACCCAGAUUUUGAUACUUCCCUACAACUCGAUCUCAGCAUACCUGAGACUAUUGCUCCCGAAGUCGUUGAGGAAAGACACACCAAAAUUAUAAGGCUACCUACUAUCAAAAGAAAAGAGAGUGAAACAACAUAUAAUGAGGAAAGUGAGCGGGUCAGCGGGAACAGCUUAGGUGUAACCAUAAACAGAAAGGAAACGACCUCAUUUGAGUUUACUUCUUCAUCUGACCCUUCCUCCUUCGAUCUAAACAAGCCAAUUAGAAAGAAGCUCAGACUUAGGGACAACGAGAGCGAGAAACCCAAAAAGAAACUAAAGCUUCCCCAGUAUCUGCCUCCACCCUUCUUCCUGUCAUUCUACCAGCACGUAAAUGACAGUUGGAUCAAUGGGAACUAUUCAACUACACCGAAAUAUAUACUGAAAAGGCCAAGAGUUCCCAAAUGUAAGACUAAUACAAAUAUGGCAACGUAUGUGCAUAGGUUAUAUGUGUACGAACAAUUUAUGAAGUUGAAAGGAGACAGUAGUGACUCUUCAAUAAAUUAG